AUGAAGACCAUCUGGGCCUACUCUGACGGCCCCUCCGGCUUAUUCGACAACGGCCAUGCCGCCCACCGCGGCACCGUCACAAUCGACUACUCCUGUGACGCCACCGCUGUCGCCAACCCCCCGCCACCACCCCCUUCCUCCGCCAAACCGCCACCCCCUUCCAGCGCCAAAUCCCCGCCCCCUCCAAGCACCUCGCGCUCCCCCCCACCACCUGCGGGUCGAGCCUCCCCACCUCCCCCACCAUCUACUUCACCCAAGCCGUCCCCUCCCCCCUCGGCCCCACCUGGAGGUGCUGCGUGUGCGUCGUCGUCGCUUGCCGGGUACUCGUAUCAAGUGGAGCUGAACGGACCGCUUUUCGCCAGGAAGGUGGGCACAGGGGCCGUACCAAUCAAGCUCAACGCCACCAACUACCUCAUCUGGGCCAUCAGCAGCACCGCCACCAAAACCCUCGCCUUUCACGGCAACCACCAGGGCGGCCUUGCAGUGGACUUCUCGUGCUUCAGGAGGCCCCAGUACCUCUGGGGUGGCGGGCCCGACUACGAGGAUGACUCGGACUAUGACAACCCGCCUCCCUCCGGUGGCGGCGGUGGCGGCGGUGGUGGUGGUGGUGGUGACGAUGAUGAUGACGAUGAUGAUGAUGGCGAUGAUCAUGAUCAUGACCACCACCACAAGUCGAAGGGUUUAGUCAUGGCAUCGGGCGGCAAGUCAUCCAGCAGUGGCAAUGGCGUCUCCACCACAUAUGGCUCCCCCAACCCACUGGCUGCCCGCCCUGCUCCACGCUGCCCCAUGCUGCCCCUUACGCGAUGCAAUUCGUGCGCCCCGCGCUGCCGCACGCAUGCGCCCUGCCCUGCACUCGCUCUGCUCUGCCCCGCGCAUGAGUCGCUGCCCCGCGCGCUGUUGCCUUGCACGCCGGUGCUCCGUGCGCCACUGCCUCGCGUGCCGCUGCCCCGAGCGCCGCUGCCCCACGCGCUGCUGCCUCUCCUCGCGCUGUCCUCCGUGCUGCCACGCGCGCCCCGCGUUGCCCCGCGCGCCAUCGCUGCCUAUGCACUGGUGCUGCCCGUGCGCCGCCCUGCAGCCACCGCCCGCAUUUAA